AUGCCACGUAAGCUACGUAAGAAUAUACGUAAGAGGAAGAGAGCAUUGAAACAUCCAAUAGUAAAACUGACACCACAACAACAGUUGCAACAACAAAUGAUGAAUGACCCCACUAUGUUGCAACAAAUGUCAAGCAACCCUAUGCUUUUAAACCGAGUUAUUGGUGCACAGAGUGGAGGUUUAAGAGCGGCACUUUUAGCGAAAAUGGCAGGCUAUGGUGGAGCUGCAGACGGAACAGCUUAUAACCCUCAAAGUCAAAUGAAUUUGAGUUCACUCAAAAAUCAAAUAACAGAUGUCAAAAAGUCAAACAUAGACAUACAGAAACAAAUAAGUGAAAACGAAAAGAAACUAGAAUAUGACAGACACACAAAGAAACUCAAUGAGUUAAACGUAGAGAAAAAGAAGAAAGAAGAACAACUGAAAGAACUAAGUACAGAGGAAUAUGCGAAAAAAGUGUCAGAAAAAGCAGCAGAAGUAGCAAAAAUGGAACAAGAUGUUAUAAAUUUGAAAACCAUACUACUCAAUAUAAAGUACUGA